AUGGAAUGUGAACCCUGGCCCCCAGUCGUGGAAAACUACGAGUCGGCCGCGGAUGGAACGAUAGGCAAACGAGCGCCCUCGCAGAUGCUCUUCCUUCGACGGGCCGCGUCCUCGAUCGACCAUCUUCCGCACGGGCUGCCCUGGGUCGGCGCCGCGCGCAGCCGACAGACGGUCGCCGCGGCGGCGAAGGCGGCGAGCGGCGCGCAUGCCGAUGCAAAGAGGGACGCCGCCCCCGCCGAUUGCAUCGCAGGCACGUCGCAGUGCGGUCGAAGCGGGGCGGCGCGGAAUGGAGCGAGCGGGCGCGUGGGUGGCGGGGCGGAGCGGGGUGGAGAGGGGCGGGGCGGAGUGGAGCGGAGCGAGCGGGCUGUCGCUCUUAUGCUGGCAGGCGUGUUUGCAGUGUGCACCGGUAUUCUUAUUUUGACUCUGGAUCCUUACACGCUCGUCUUCAAUGCGAAAGUGCAACUCAAUGAUGGUGGAGAGGCGUUCGAGUUGUGGCGCAAACCUCCUGUCGAUCUCUACCUCAAGGUGUGGCUGUUCAAUGUCACCAAUGCUGACGCUUUUAUGAAUGGAGAAGACGAAAAACUACACUUUGAGGAAGUCGGACCCUACAUAUACAGAGAAUUGUUGGAGCAUGCUGAUGUACAUUUCAAUGAUAACAACACUCUCACAGCGCAUCCAAAGCACCCUCUGGUUUGGGCUGAAGAUUUAAAUACCCAUCGUGAGGAUGACUUGCUGAUUCUUCCGAAUAUUGCGUUAUUGAGUAUUGCCAGUGUUAUAAAAGAUGCAUCAUACUUCACGAGGUUGGGUCUCAAUCUAUUGAUAAAGCAGACAGAUUCUCAGCCACUGGUGCAGAUGACUGCCCGAGAAUUCAUGUUCGGAUACGAAACAUCGCUGACAACUCUUGGAAAUAAAGUUUUGCCCUCGUGGAUAUUCUUCGACAAAAUCGGCCUCAUCGACCGUAUGUACGACUUUACGGGUGAUACGAUGACAGUGCACACUGGCGUUGACGAUGUCCGCAAAUCGGGCCUCAUUGACAGAUAUAGAGGCCUGCAUUACAUCCCUGACUGGCCAGAAAAUUGUAGUAUCGCUGAAGGAGCCAGCGACGGCAGUAAAUUCGCCUCGCUGAUCACACCGAACGAUCAGCUAGUCAUGUACCGUAAAUCGCUGUGUCGUGCUAUGCCUAUGCAAAUGAUUGAUGAGACUACGAAGGGAGGCUUGCCUGCAUAUGUCUACACCUGGAAAGAUGGCAUACUAGACAAUGGUCUCAGAGAUCCCCAUAACAAAUGUUUCUGUCGGCACAACAGAUGCCUUCCAGAAGGAAUUAUGGAUGUUGAAGAAUGCUACUAUGGUUUUCCUAUUGUUUUGUCAUACCCUCAUUUCUAUCUUGCUGAUCCAGCAGUCAGAAAUAUGACAGUAGGAAGCUUCCCAGAUAAGGAGAAACAUGAAACAAGAUUUUUCAUUGAACCUAGAUCUGGGCUCCCACUCCAAACUAAUGUUCGUAUGCAGAUCAACAUGGCUUUAGGAGAUGUCAGCCGCAUCCAUCGAGUGCCACGUUUCAGUAAUUUAAUAUUCCCUAUGCUCUGGUUGGAAAUAACUGUUGAAAGAUUACCACCAUUUCUUCAAAAUAAAUUCUUCUUUUAUCUUGAAAUUGCUCCCAUAAUGCUAAAAUUUAUUCUCUACGCUUCUCUUAUUGGUGGACCACUGUUGUUAAUAGGAAGCAUACUUCGUGUGUAUUGGAAUUCCUUUUUCAAAAAGGAAAUAAAAGAAGAUUAUAGCACAGACAUGGAAUUCUCUCAGAAACACAUGAACAUAAUUCGAGCAGAUAGGCGGUCCAGUCUAAAAGCAAAGGAAAUGGAUGUUUACUUUACUUCACUGCUGAUGAGCCCUUCCAUUGAUGAAGAGAAUAGCACAUCGAAAGACAAUGAUACUGUUUGAUAUUUUGAUUAUACAAACUUAAAGAUACACAAUCCCUUGUGUUGCAGAUGUGUGUGCCAGCAAAAGGAGUGUGAAAUCAAGACUGAAUACCUGCAAGAAACUAUUUGAUUUCACUUGUGAGAAAGUUUUACUGCCUAUUUUAGAAAGUGUAAAUAUACAAAGAGUAAAUGCUACAACUUAUAUUCAGUUAUACUGAAUCAAAAAGUAGAACUGCAUUUCAUAAUAUCUCUGAAUGAAAGACUACAUUAUUUAUUUGUGCAUUUGAUAUUUUCGAAAAUCAAUGCAUAUUUCAUUAUUUUCUCUUACGUUAAAAAGGAUUAAGUAUGACUGAAUAUAUUUUAAUUUAUUUUAGAAACACCACUAAUAACAAUAUAUUCUUCUUCAGAUACAUUGCUCAACUUUAGUGUUUAGAAUAGUUACCAUUUAUAUAUUGCUGAGCUUUAAUAGCCUUUAUAUAAGAUGAAAACUGAUUAUAAGUAUAUGAGAAUUAUGUUUAACUGUAACCAAAUAUGAAGAAAUAAUCUGGGUAUCGACGGGUAGAGGUUCCUAGUAUCCUUUUAUUGUAUUUAUUUUACUUAGGCAAAGAAUUUGCCCCCCUCUCAAUCUGCUCUGCCACUCGAUCCCUCUCAGAAGCCCAUGAAGAUAAAGUGACAUAGUAAUUGAAGCCAUUAGUUCUUUAGUUAGAUAAAAGAACUUUUAGCGUCUACUGAGAGAAAAUUAUAGAUGACAUUCUUACCUUCUCAGUACAAGUGCUAUUGUCAAUCUAUAUUAAAAGAUGAACGUGGUUUGUUAAUGUUUUGAGACAUUGUUGUGAUUUAUUUAAUAAUAAAAUCUGAAAAAUAUUGGAUUUUUAACAUGCUAUGUUAAUGUAAAGUUGGAUAUUAAAAUGCUUUCGUGUAAGGAAAAUGUACAGGUUAUUUUGAGAGGAUUGUGAAAUUGUAUUUUAGUGGUUGUGUAUUUUUAUGUGAAAUCAUUUUCUAUUAUGUUAAAAAGCAUGUUGAGAAUUCGAAAUAAAAAAUUAAGAAUUAUUGUUAAAUGGAUUUGAAAUAGAGAGAAUGUUGCUGAUUUAUCCAGUUUUAAUGGGUAAUAAACAUGUG